UUGAUCUCUGAAUGUUACGCCUUAGCCAACCUUUGUGGCUCACAUCAUGUUGCAGAGGUGACAGCUCCUAUUUUACCCGCAGGCAAUAUGGCCAUGGCCGCCGCUCCCUCCCGUCCAUUUGAUUAUCUGGAAAGCCUGCCUGGAACGACUUUCUACAAGCUCUACCAGCAGCCAUCCACCGCCCUUGCCAUCUUCAGGCGCAUGUUGCCUGACCUGGCAAAAUGUUUUGUCAUGGCGCUUCUGUAUCUUAAAGACCCUCUCCCAGCAACAGAUCUGGAGGUCUGGGUUAAGGCAGAAAGCUUAAAGGAGCGAGAUAAUGCAUUGUCAAUACUGGGUCGACUACAUAUUCUAUCUAACACCGUGAUCGCAGAUAACGUUCGCGCGUACAAAGUCACCGAUCCGUUUGCCUCAUCGCUCCGUCAGGCGCUGACAGGCGCUGAAAAGACCCAGUCCUUUGGUGUACUCUCGCAUUUAUCAGAUGGAGCAGCCGUUUCCAUAGCCGAAUUGGACGAGUACGCCCGGCGUCAGUGGGAGGGGGUAUUGGGAUACAUGGUCGGAACUAGUGGACUUGGUAUUCAGCGCGAUGUCAACCUGAGCAAAGGCGUGAAGCAACUUUUGCAGGCUGGGCACCUUGUCGAGAUUCGAGAUCGUCGCGUAGAGAUCACGCAAGAUGGAUUCGCGUUUGUUCUACAGGAUGUCAGCACCCAAGUUUGGCACAUUCUUAUGCUCUAUGUUGAAAGCGCGGACGCCAUCGGAAUGAGCAGCGUGGAGGUCCUCUCGUUCGUUUUCUUGCUGAGCAGCUUGGAGCUUGGAAAAUCGUACGAUAAGAAGCAUCUGACAUCUAAUCAACUCCGUACUCUGACGGAUCUGGCGGACUUUGGCAUUGUCUACCAAGAUUCCCCGGAUACCAGUCAUUUCUACCCCACCCGCCUCGCUACUACUCUUACCUCCGACUCCAGCGCUUUGAGCAACCCUAUUUCAGGUUCCCUCUCCGGCCCCUCUGGCACAGGCUCAAACAAGGCAGGAUCUGGAUUCAUCAUCGUCGAAACAAACUACCGACUGUAUGCAUAUACCUCUUCGCCGCUACAGAUCUCUCUUAUUGCACUGUUUACUACACUUAAGUACCGAUUUCCCAACCUGAUCACUGGCAAAAUUACCCGCCAGUCGGUACGCCGCGCCAUAGAGAUGGGUAUCACUGCUGACCAAAUUAUCUCGUACCUGGCUACCCACGCUCACCCUCAAAUGCGCAAACAUAAUGUCUCCCGAUCUACGUCCAACCAGGCUGGAAUACCGCCAUCUGUUCUGCCCCCAACGGUCACUGAUCAGAUUCGGCUUUGGCAACUUGAACGAGAUCGCGUCAAAGCAACCCCUGGCUUCUUAUUCAAGGACUUUGUUAGUUUGGCAGAAUAUGAGGCUCCAUGUCGGUACGCUGAAGAGAUCGGGGUUCUCGUCUGGAAAUCAGACCGAAAGCGGAUGUUCUUUGUAACGAGGCAUGAGCAAGUUGCAGCUUUUUUGAGGAGUAGGAAAUAG